UCCAUUUUGACAGAUGGCUCCAACAUUCGGAAACAUUCGGUGUUCAUCGCUUAGCGGAGGUCAAGGACAAACAUGGCUGCGUCCAUACGGCGUUCGAUUCAACUUCAAAAACUUCUUAAAAAUCUGAGAGUUUCACCACAGGUUGUUUUACCUCAGAGGAAUCAAGUCACAGCUACUAGAGCUUCUGUUGAGAAGUUUGGCAAGUAUGGAGGAAGAAAUACAGUGACUGCUUUAACUGGGGAUGGUGUUGGCCCAGAGCUCCUUAAACAUGUCCAUGACAUAUUCAGAUAUGCUGGAGCUCCAGUCGUAUUUGAAGAGGUGAAUAUAAAUGCUGACAUAACAGAUGAAGAGUUUCUCAAUCAGGCUUUACUCUCCGUGGGCAGGAAUGGAGUUGCUAUAAAAGGUAACAUAGCAACGAAUCAUGACAGUUCAGUAGCAUCUAUGAAUGUAAAACUAAGACUGGACCUGAAUCUCUUUGCGAAUGUUGUAAGAUGUAAGUCUUUACCUGGAGUACCAACUCGGCACCAGGAUAUAGACAUGAUCCUAAUCAGAGAAAACACAGAGGGCGAAUACUCAAACCUUGAACAUGAGAGUGUUGAUGGUGUUAUUGAAAGUCUGAAAAUCAUCACAGCAGCUAAAUCUACAAAUAUUGCCAGAUAUGCAUUUGAUUAUGCACAGAAACAUGGGAGGAAGAAAGUCACAGCUGUACACAAGGCAAACAUUAUGAAACUUGGAGAUGGGUUAUUCUUGAAUUGCUGUAGGAAUGUUGCAAAAGAUUAUCCUGAGAUUGAGUUUAACGAUAUGAUCAUUGAUAAUGCUAGUAUGCAGAUGGUGUCACGACCCCAGCAGUUUGAUGUGCUUGUGAUGCCUAACUUGUAUGGUAACAUUCUCAGUAACAUAGCAACAGGGCUAGUGGGAGGUUCUGGUGUAGUGGGCGGAGUUAAUGUUGGGGAGGAGUAUGCUGUCUUUGAAAUGGGAACUAGAAACACUGGUUUGUCAUUGAAAGGGAAGAACAUUGCAAAUCCCACUGGGCUGCUGUUGGCUAGCUGUGAUAUGCUGGACUAUCUAGGACAUUACAGACACGCAACUCUGAUCAGGGAAUCAGUUCUUAACGUUCUCAAUGAAAAAAAGGUUCAUACGCCGGAUCUUGGAGGUCAAGCCACAACAACAGAUGUCAUUCAUGCCAUAAUUCAGGAGCUUAAACCUAAAACAAAAGCUUGGUAA